CAAUUCAACUUUGUCGGCCGCACAAGCAACACACGACUAACUCCUCCAGGGUCUGACCUUGUCUGUGUUUAUCGCUGAAGAAAAUAAAAAGACGAAAUUGCAGCGUGUGGACGCGUCGCGUUUUUCUCGGAGUUAAUCCUAUUCGCUGGAGGGUUUUAAAUAUCCACUGUCGCCGCGAUGAGCGCUGAAAACUCAGACACCGACACCAACAAACUAGAAUCUGUGAUACAGAGGCUGGAGGAGAGCGUUUUGUCUGAGGAGAAGAGGCUGACGGUCCGAGGUCCUUCACCAGAUGCCCCCCCUACAUGUCUGCCAGCACGAGUACGAGAGAUAGUCACAAAGAACCUGAACGACAACGCAGCUGGAGCCAUGUCCUCGGUCAUGUCCAUCCAGGAGGAGAACCGGGUGCUGCAGGGAGAGCUGUCGAGGCUGGAGGACCUGCUGGCACACAGCCGAGCGGACCGAGAUGAGCUCGCCAUCAAGUAUGGCGCAAUUAGUGAACGGCUGGAGCAGGCACUAUGUUUUGAGACCGGAGACGAAGACAAUGAUUCGCCUGACUCUCGCAGCUUGGCGCAGCAGAACGUGGAUUUACGGCGGCGGCUGGACGAGGAGCAGGCGGCCUACAAGCGUAAACUCACUGCGUACCAGGAGGGUCAGCAGAGGCAGGCGCAGCUCGUUCAGAAGUUGCAGGCCAAGGUGCUUCAGUACAAAAAGAGGUGUGGAGAUCUGGAGCAGAUGCUGCAGGUGAAGUCAUCGGAGCUGGAGAAACACAGGCCGACAAGUGAAACAUCAAAUGGAAGCAAUCAAGAUGAAUCAUGCAGCAACCUGGAGGACGCUUUAAUCCAUCUGGAAGAAGAACAACAGAGAAGUAGCAGUCUCUCUGCAGUGAAUGCCAUGCUGAGGGAGCAGCUGGAGCAGGCCGGUUUGGCCAAUGAAGCUCUUAGCCAGGACAUACGCAGACUCACUGCUGAUUGGACCAGAGCCAGGGAGGAAUUGGAACAAAAGGAGUCUGACUGGAGGAGAGAAGAGGAGUCCUUCCACAGUUAUUUUAGCCGCGAGCACAGCAGGCUGCUUACACUGUGGCGGCAGGUGGUCGGAUUUCGGAGGCAUAUCUGUGAACUAAAGAGCGCUACUGAAAGGGACUUGUCAGAUAUGCGUAACGAGCUGUCUCGGGCGUCACACUCUGCUCAAGUGUACUGUGCGGAUGUGUCUGCCGCGCUUCUCAGCCAGGAGGGGGGAGCCGCUCUGGCCCUGGAGCGGGAGAAGGCACUGCGCGUUCAGCUGGAAGAGCAGCUGAGAGAACGCGUGUCAGAGAUGAUCAAUCUUCAGACCAGAACAGACUCCGAGAGGGUUGAGCUUAACGUCAGGUUGUCAGAUUCUGUGCGAGAGGGGGAGAAACUAAAGGGCCAAAUUGAAGACAGAGACCAAGAAAUUGUGGCGCUGAUGAGGAGGCUCGAGGAGCAGAAAGGUAAUGAUGAGACUGAGAUGCAGGUGCUUAGAGCUCACACAGAGACGCUGUGUGACACCCUGCGAGACAUUGCUCAGGCGGUUUUCUCAGACGGAGAGUCGUCAUCUGAAGCAGACCAAGACAACUCCAGUUCUGCGCUGCUAGCUUUGAUCCGUGGCUCCUCCCCCUGCCGCUCUCCCUCUCCUCGCAGGUCUGCCUCCCCGUCUCGGCCCUCAUCCUCGAUGGCUCCUAUCUCUGACGCCGGGCUGUCUGCACUGCGCUCUGCAGUCACAAAUAAGACAAUCCAGCUGCAGGAUGUUCGAGGGCGUCUGCUCUCCACUCAGUCUUCGGCACAACAGUUGCGAAAGCAGCUUUCCGAGACAGAAUCUGCUAAAAGGGACGCAGAACAGCGAAACCAAGCUCUGCAGAGAGAGAGGGAUGCUGCUCAGAGAGAGAGGGAGACCACACAGAGAGAAAAGGAGCGUCUGAAGCAGGAGAGAGACACCCUUGCAAGUGAGAAGGCGGCCUUGGAGAAGACCGUGCAGGCUGCGCAGAGCAGCGGUCAUGGCCUGCAGAUGGACUGUGAGAAGCUUCAGCUGACUGUGGCGUGCACACAGCGAGAGCGAGACAACGAGAGGGAGGAGAAGGAGACGGCCAUUCAGGAGAGAGACCGGGCUAAGGCAGAGACUCAGAGGAUAAAGAAGCAGUGGGAUCAGAGCGAGAGUCGAGCCUCUGCUCAACGUGGAGAGCUGUCUGCAGUGAAGGAGACUCACCAGCAGGGGGAGGUGGAGAGGCAGCUGCUGGAGGGAGAGCGAGCCCAACUCUCUGAUGCUCUUGCUCGGGCUGAAAGCAGUAAAGCAGAGCUCUCCCUGCUGCUCAACAAGCUGCAGUCUGAGGAUGCAGCUCUAAGAGACUCUCUGGCCAAGAUGGGAAGCCUGAAUGAAGGCCUAGUCCAGGACAAAGCUGACCUCAACACCUACAUCUUCCAGCUGGAGGAAGACAAGGCCCUCCUGCAGAUCCAGAGACGGGAGGCCGAGCAGGAGAAGUUGACCAUCAGAGACGAGCUGGUCCGAUUGGAGCAGGAACGGCUGGAGCUGGACUCGACCCGCAUCUGUCUGCACAACUCACUGCAGGACUCUGAGCAAAGCAGGACCGGGAUUGAAGAAGAGCUGCUGACUCUCAGGACGGACAGACUGAAGCUGCAGGAGCAAGUCUCACAGCUUUGUGCUGAGGUGACGGCUCUGGGAGCAGAGUUAAGUUUUUCCAGAGGAGAGAGUCAGCGUAGUGAGGUGGCCUUAGAAGAAGCAGGCCGGAGUCGAGCAGAUCUGGCCCGGGACAAAGCUGGACUGGUGGUCCAGCUGACGGCGUCAGAGAGAGAAAACACUGUGCUGUCAGAGGAACUAGGAGCUUUCAGGUCUGAGCGGGAAUCACUGGAAACUAGUCUGUUUGAGUUGCAGCAGCAGCUCGUUCAGGUGGAUUCUCGUAGAGAACAGCUGGAGGCAGAGAACCAAAACCUUCGAGUCCGCUGUGAGACUUCAGCAGCCGAACUGCGGCGACUUCGUUCAGAUGAAGAAAAUCUCUUGGCCCAGACUGAGAGGGAGAAACAGGCUAUUACCCAGACUCUAAACGCUGCACUGCAGGAGGCCCAGCAGGCUUUACGCAAGACCGUCUCCGAACAUCAGGAGGAGAUGGAGAGGCUGGUCUCAGAAAAGGAGGUCAUGCAGAGCAGCCUGCUGAUGGAGCAUGAGGGCACUGUGAGGAAGCUUAGGCAGGAGGCAGAGGAUCAGCUGCGCAGAGCACAUAGAGAAACAGAGGAGCUGCAGGAUGACCUGAGGAGCCUCCAGCACGACAGAGAUCAGAGUCUGCUGCAGGCUGAAACUGAGAAACAACAGGCCCUCUCUCUGAAGGAGGCAGAGAAAGCAGUGUUGUGUGACAGGUUGUCGUCCCUGCAGGCUGAGCUGUCAGCUGCAGCUUUGGAAGCCGAGCAGAUGUCGAGAGAAGCAGCACAUUACAAAGAGCAGGAGCAGUUCAAAUUUGAUACACUGACCAGUGAGCUGCAGGAGCUUCGCUGUCAGCUGGAGGACGCAGCCUCUCUUCAUGAGAGGGACGUUCAGAGCCUACAGGAGACCUGCACUGGUCUUCAGUCUCGGGCUGAUAAUGCUUUAAAGGAGCUGGACCAAUGCAGAGCUUCUCUCUCUGCUAACGAGGAAAGUCGAGACCAGUUGAGGCGGGAGGUGUUGGACAUUGAGCGACAUCUUAACCAGAGUCAGGAAGAAGCUGAAAAGUACAGAAGAGAGGGGACGGACCUGCGACGCAGCCUCGAUGACGUCACCAAAGAGAGAGAUGCUUUCAGCCAAUCAAAUAGCCAGCUGAGAGAAAGUCUGAGAGGUGCAGAAUCAGAGAGGAUCAGCCUUAAAAGGCAAUGUGAGGAGAAGGAGCAGAGGCUCGCUGUGCUGGAGGAGAAUUUCUCAUCUGCUCAGAAGGAGGCGAUGGAGCUGCGGGGCUGUCUGAGAGAAGUUGAAAGGUCACGACUGGAAGCUCGGAGAGAACUCCAGGAGCUCCGCAGACAGCUGAAGGUUCUGGACGGAGAGAAGGAGCAGAAAGGGAUGGAGGUGGCAGAGCUACAGGCUCGCCUGACGCUGGAGGAGCAGAGAGAGGAGGAGAGAGGGAAAGACAUUAUCAAUCUAAAACAGAAGUUAACUGAAGCUGAAACAGCUCGAGACUCCCUCAAAAGAGAACUCUCUAUGACAGUGAAGCGGCUAGAGGAGUCUGAGUCAGGCUGGCGUGGGUGUGAGAGAGAACUGAGCGCUCAGCUGCAGGAGACUCGUGGCUGUGAGAAAAAGCUGCAGGAUGAGAUUAAGAACCUGACCCUACGCGCUCAGGUGGCUCAGGACUCUGCAGCCCAGUCCAGCCUGCAACUGAGUGAGGCUCAGGGUCGCCUGGCUGCCACGGAGGCUGAACUGACCCGAGCCGAGGCCGGGAGGAGGGACCUGGAGUUUCGGCUAAGCAGCAUUCAGUCGGCUCUGACACGGACGCUGGGCAUCGGAGCAGGUGGGAGAGGAGGCCGGGGGAGGAGCCCAGGAGCGAGCUCUGCAUCACCAGCCACUAUUUCUCGCCACCACAGCAUCUCACCCCUGCGCUCAUCACUGUCGCCCCCUAAAGAAUUAAGAUUGAGCACCUCUGACAUCACUUUAGGCUCAGGGGCCGUGUCACCUGAGAGAGGGGACACACCGCUGCCUCUCCCCCAGCCAGAGCUUGACCCUGACACCCUCCGAGGUGACCUCAGAGACUUCCUGCAGGAGCUGCGUGAGGCACAGAGAGAGAGGGAUGAUGUGCGAAGGCAGCUGGGGGUCCUGCAGAGAGAGCUGGAGGAGCUGGCAGAGGAACGAGACUCUGCUCAGGGUCGUCUUUCUCAGCUUCAAAACGCCUUACAGGAAAAUCAAGAAGGGAAGCGUGGGCUGGAUGAACGUCUGACCACCACUCAGAUUUUGCUCCAGCAGCAGGAGGAGGCGGUGAGGAGAGGAGACAGAGAGAGGAGGACUCUCAUGGACAGGGUUAAGGAUUUAGAGCGAGCGCUUCAGACCGCUGAGACGGAUAAAAAACACACACAGGAGCAGUUAAAUAAGCAGCGUGCUGCAGAGCUGCGUCUGGAGGCGGAGAGGAAACGUCUUCGGGAGGCGCUGGAGGCAUCUGAAGCCCGGGCGACCAGGGUGGAGCUGGGGAGGCGCAGUCUGGAGGGGGAGCUGCAGAGACUUAAACUGAGUCUGGGAGACCGGGAGGCGGAGGGCCAGGCCUCCCAGGAGCGCUGUGACUCUCUGCUGAAAAAGGUGGCAGAAGGAGAGGCCCGUGUGUCCCUGAUGCAGAGAGAGGUGGAGAGGCUGAGCCAGGCUCUGCUCAAAGCUCAGGAAGGUGAAAAUUCUCUCAAAGAGAAGACGUCCUCCGUCAAAAAGAGCCUCCAGGAGGCAACGGCUGCUCACAGCAGUACACAGAGUCGUCUGGGUGCUAUGCAGAAGACGCUGAAUGUGGCUGAACAGGACAAAAGGCUAUUACAGGAAAAAAUAGAUGAAGCCCGGACAUCAUCAGCGGAGGGGAAAAGGAACAUUUCUGUCCUCACUGAGCGUGUGCAAAGCUUGCAAAGUGAAUUAAGCCAGAGUGAGCUGAGACGAGAGGAACUGGAGGCAGAGCUCAACAACAAUCAAGAGGCUCUGCGUCAGCGCUCGGCCAGUCUAGCGGAGGCUCAGCGCAGCGCUCAGGCAGCUCAGACAGAGAGGGCCACUGUUGAGGAGCGACUGCGUGGGCUGCAACGAGCUGUCGCCAUGCUGGAGACUGAAAAGAAAGAUGCUGAGAGACAGGCUGUGAGGCUGGAAAAAGACAAGAAUGCUCUGAGGAAUACACUGGAUAAGGUUGAGCGUCAGAAGCUGAAGACUGAGGAGGGCAGCAUGCGGCUGUCCGCAGAGAAAAACCGCCUGGAUCGCUCGCUUAACACCACGGAGCAGGAGCUACAGGAAGCUCAGCAACAGAUACUGAUGCUGCAGACUCAGCUGGCUGAGAUGGAGCAGUCGCACAGUCUGUGUGAGAGUUUGGCGAGGCAGCGUGACGAGGCCCAGCACGAGACGGAGAGACUGAGGAGCAGCUACAGGGACGUGGAGCGAACGCUGGGUACCAGGGAGCGAGCUCACAGACACAGAGUCAAAGGCCUGGAGGAGCAGGUGUCCACCCUGAAGGAGCAGCUGCAACAAGAGAUGAAACGGAAAGCUUCUCUUCCAUCCUCCUUGAUGUCACCGGGAAACUGAGAAGCUACUUAAAACCAGAAGCACCAGCACUCAAUGAGUAUCUAAUCCAGGGAAUAUCCACUUCUUGUGAAUGUCUUAAAGCAAUAUGUAGUUGUAGAGACAUUCCUAAAAGUGUUCACACUUUUACUCUGCUGUUUUAAAUGUGCUUUGUUGCUCUGAAACCCAACUGUUAUUUCGAUGGUGUUUUAUGGACGUUUUGUGGGAUUAAGAAGACUUCACUUGGCACACCCAUGACAAGGCGAGGGAGCUGAGAUUGAUGUGAUCCAGCAACUGUGGUGAAAAUGCCAGAAGUCGGCUGAUUUCUGGCAGGCAGCUGUGCUUGAUCCUUGCUCUCAACAUCGUCCCAGACUUCCUGCUCUUACCCGAGAAGAAACCCAAAUCACUGCAGGAUUCCCCUGCGGACAGAAUCUGGAUUCAGCACAGCAAAGAAAAUCUGCCAAGUAGAGCAUUUUGGCCUUGUUUCCCCUACAUAUAAUGCUAACAUUCGAGGACACUAAGAAGGAAAGUGAAGGUCUUCCCUUUGUGGAAAUACCAGGGAACACUUCACUACACAAAUGAAGGAAGUGCACUGAAGAUUUUACAGAUGAUUUGAAGAAUUAGCACUGCAGUAUGACGAUACAGAAAUGGUAUGUUUUUAAAAAGUUCAUAGUUUUAUUAGGUGUAUAUACUUUGUACUUAUCUUAUAUACUGACAGGCUGAUGAUGUUGAACAGCAACAUGACUUGUAUGGACAACACACAUGGAAGCCAGAUGCAGGAGAAUAAACUCACUGUGUGCACUAUAA